ACGGCCGUCUCACCUUCACCGCCGGACAUGUCGUCUGGUCCCUGAGACCGGUAGAUUGGUAGGCAUGUGCCUAGUUCCGGCGUGCCAAGCGUGUUGCGUGCCACUGUCAUGCCUGUUAGAAACGGCCGCCGGAUGACAUGUCGUGCAUCGGCAGACGCAUUGAUAAGGGGAUGCGGUGGCCGCGCGAGGCGGCGUCGAAUUUGCAACGACUAUGUGGCAGCUUUUGGACGUGUUCUUUGACUAAUCUUGUUCUUCGUCACAUGCUGGCACAUUCAGUUUAUAGUUGUAGUUCAUAAGGGGUCUCUGGCGCUGGUACCUGGAUUCAGCCUCAUUUCGCUAUCUCGCAUCUUCAGUCAGACAGUAGAAAAUCUGAGUCGCCAUCAUGGGUAUCUUUCGCCGGUCCAUGAGCUCUAGCUCUGCACAGUCAUCGCGUCCAUCGACCAUCGACUCAUCUGCGUCCGACACCGCAAGUUCAAGAACGAGCAUGGAUUCUACUUUCGAGGAGCACGACGUCGUAGAUUCCAUGGCCACAAUCAAGCAGCUACCAACACCGGCGCGGAAGACUCCGAUCCUCAGUCUCCCACUCGAACUCAUUCAACAAGUCAAUACCUACCUCGACACUUCCUCGGCAGCAGCCUUCUGCCUUUCAAGUCGGUACGUCUACUACGCUCUCGGCACUGAAGUCCUUUCUCGCCAUGUCGAGGGGAGCAAGAACCGCUUCGAGAAGAGAAAGACUAUCGAGGCAGUAGUAGAGCGCGCCUUUCCCGGCCAUUGGUUUUGCGCCUGGUGUGAUAGAUUCCAUGCCUGGAGCGCUGAAGACGGACCAAAGAGCCAGCAUCCAGGGGGUAAAAGAGACUGUGCAGACUUCAAUAGCUACUUGGACGCCGGGAACGGGUACAAGCUACGAUAUCACCAUGUCCGACUUGCCAUCAAUCGCGCAUCGUGGGGAGACGAGCACGGUAUUCCCCUUUCCGCGUUCACUUACGAGAAGAAAGAAAUGGCGCGAAUCUCUAGAACGCCGGUUCCCACUAAGCUCAGUCUCUCAGCCAGGAUAGUUCAAGGCCAUUUUCUCUUACACAGUUCCUACGCAAUCAUUCUGCCCGCUUUCACAACGAGAAAUCGCAACCUCUUGAAGUCGCUCUGGCCUCUCCUCCCACAUAUCGUCACAGGCCAUCGCGAUACACCAAACGGCCAUACCGGUCUCAUGGCCGCCAUCGAUAAUGUGAUCCGCCGAGGCUGGAAGUACCAGUUUACACAGAACUGCUCGACCUGUGCGACGGAUUGGAGUGUGACUACCCAGGACUUCUCACAUGCUACUGGUGGACAGGUCAGACUAGUGGUGCAGAGUUGGCGGGACUUGGGCACGGGUAGAACUCCAUUCGAGACGGGAUGGAGGUCGCACGGGGUAGGGAGUGGUGAUGACAGCGGGGCUAACACUUGUCUCGUGAGACUUACCAGCCUACCUGCGGGGUCCGUCAGACGCGCGUUCGAGGCUGCGUGUAUAGACCAUAUAUCAGACGAGGCUGACGUCGCUGAUGUGGCUGCGAAGAACCCAUCCAAGUCGCGUAUCUAUCGGUCGUUCAUGAAGAGAACCAUGUCGGAAGAAGACGAUAGUGCAAUUAGACGGUCCAGUGCAAGACCGCGCUAUUGGCGUACGCGAGAAGAGAACGAAGAGGUGGCGCGGAAGUACGAGGAGGAUAGACGAGAUGUGGCGAGGAAUGUUGCUGAAGAGCUGGUCCGCCUCGACGCUCAGCGUGGGAGAUGAUUGGUUUAGAUAUCCAAACAUAUUCUUUUACCUAUUUAGAUGCUGCGCUUCAGUCACUGACAUGACUGGAUGUGCUGCAAUUGGAUUAUUCGCCACUGCACAGCCUCCGUAUAGUAUGUGCCAUGGUAUUUCAAAGGUUUCAUGUCGGAGAAUAUGGACUUAGAACAAGCGGGCCUACUGCCUUUUGUACAACUUGGUAAUGUGCACUCGAAAAUCG